AUGGACAAAGCAGCAGCUUUGGUUCUGAUGCUGUCAGCAAUGGCAGUGGCGGUCUCGUGCCAUCAAGUCUGCUUCAUCGGAUCGGAGUACAACCCACAGUCUGGUAUCCCGCCCCGUUGGUUCUUACCGUACAAAGAUCCCUGCGAAUGCACCGCUGUACGUCUUGGUGGGAUGAGCAUCCCUGCUUACCGUAUGGGGGCGCCCUACUACCUGAACGAGCUUUUCCUGAGCGAAGAUUCUUACGAAAUUCAAGCAUACUUCGACUGUGAGCCUGCAGAGAACAAUCCAGAAGGGUGUUCAAGCCCGCAACCCCUCGGUAUGGAGGACGGGACAAUCCAAGAUGAUCACAUCACGGCGUCCAGUAGUCGCGACUGUUGCCCUGCCAGUGAUGGACGCCUUAAUGACGACGGAUGGAUAGCCAAAAUACGUAUUUUAACGAGUUUCAAUCAUUGUGUUCGAUUUUCAAAUCCAUUCCAAAACCGGAUUUGCGGAUUAUUGUUAUUUCAUUGUUCCUCAUCCUCUCUUCCCUCUGUGUACAGUUACGAUACCAAUCCCUGGAUCGAGGUGGACCUCGAUGAGCCUACAGUGGUGACUGGAGUCACCACACAAGGCUACUCUGUGCAUGUGAAGAAAUACAAGGUGUCGUAUAAGAAGCAGCCCUCAUCCGACUAUGAACACGUAACAGAUGGAAACGGGAACAUCACGGUGUUCAUCGGUAACACUGACGCCGACACCCCGGUCACUAACCUGUUUGAUGAGAGUGUGCUGGCCACGGUAGUGCGCAUUGAGCCUACUGAAUGGGACUUUACUGUUGGUCUGCGAUUGGAGCUGCUUGGAUGUCGCCGCGAUUAAUUCAGCUGAAGCAUUCAGGUGAUUCUGUUCGACAGCGCUGACAUUUCAAUCAAUACAAAAUGCGACAUCUAUACUUAAUAUUAAGUUUGAUAAGUAUAUAAAUUAGUAUAUUUGGUGAGA